GUAUUAAAAAAUAAGUUGGGUCCACCAUAUGAAAUAGAUAGUGGAUUUCAUUGAUGUAGAGUAAAUGGAAGUGAUAUGUAAUGAAAUAGAAAAAGUUGAUAAUGUGGCAGUAAAGGUCACAUAUGAAAUAGAAAUGGUAUUUCAUGGAUGUGGAUGGUCUAAGGAUUGAGUUGAGAAAGAUGACAUAGCGUGGAAGAUUUGGUGAUGUGGCGGGUUAAAAAAGGCCGAGUCAGCACUUCUGUUAACCAUUUAAGCAAUUGACUGACGGUGUUAAUGGAGACUAACGGAGAGUGACUAAACGUGAACCGUUUUACUAAUUCGAGUGACCAACAUUGCUAUUAAUUUUUCUCAUUGACUAAAUACGACAUAUUUUAAUAAACUCGGUGACCAAACAUGACAAAGCUUAUUCUCCCGGGAUCAAGUAAAGUAGUUGGCUACUUAAUCCGUUAAUUCGCCGAGAACAGCAAUUCGAUUAAACCCCGACCCGAACGGGCUUUUGAGCUCUUGGGCUGAAAAUCUCCCGUCCCAUUUCUGUCACUUUCUCACCUCCGCCUCCAUCGCUGGAACCUUUCUUCUUCAACUUCAGACCAGCUGCUUCACAAUUAGAUCUUAAACCCAACCUUUUAAACCCUUCCCGCCUCAAUCCUCGGAAGCCCCUCGAUUUCGUUUGUCUACUUCUUAGCUGCGAAACAGUUAAGCAGGAAUGGCUUUCUGCAGAAGCGCCAAGCGUCCGCUUCAGAUGAUGAUGCAGAAGAGAAGCUUUCCUUCUGCUAUGGAAUCCAGCUUCCUAACGGUUCUCCGGCGGUUCAGCGCUCAGUCUCCGGCGUCGGGGGAGCAGAUGAGUCUUAUCAAGCAACUGAGAGAGCGGACCAGUGCUCCGAUCAAGGACGUCAAGGCCUCCCUUGUUGAGUGUAACUGGGACAUUGAGGCGGCGCAGAAGGAUUUGAGGAAAAGAGGGAUAGUUCUGGCGUCGAAGAAGUCUGGUCGAGCUGCGACUGAAGGCUUGCUCGCUUUGGCUCAGAGUGAAGGGAAGGCUGCAAUCAUCGAGCUUAAUUGUGAGACUGACUUUGUUUCCAGAAACGAGAUAUUUCAGCACUUGGCUUUAUCUCUAGCAAAGCAAGCUCUCCUGGUAGAGAAUGGUUCUCAGCAGUCUUCAGGGGUACUGUCUGUCGGACCUGAAUCGUUGGAGGAACUGAAGUUGAAUCUUGAACAUCCUAAGAUAAGUGGAGAAACUACAGUUCAUAACGCAAUUACUGAGGUAGCUGCAAUGAUGGGUGAGAAUGUUAAACUUAGAAGAGGCUUUGUGAUGUCUACUUCUGGUGUUCUUUCCACCUACCUCCAUACAAGUCCUCAACCAGGUUUGGGUCGUAUUGCUGGACUACUGUCUCUUGAAACUGAGGAUGGAAGUUCUCACUUGGAUGAUCUUCAGCGUGUUGGGUCGGAGCUGGCAAUGCACGUGGUUGCUGCAAAGCCGCUGUUCUUAACCAAGGAGCUAGUUUCUUCUGAGGCAUUGGAGAGUGAGCGUGAGAUUCUAAAAUCUCAGGCAGAAAGUACAGGGAAAUCACAGAUGGCCAUAGAGAAAAUGGUUGAAGGCCGCAUGCGUAAAUAUUAUGAGGAAGUUGUCCUUACGGAGCAGAAAUUUAUUGUCAAUGAUUCUCUAACCGUUAAGACUCUGUUGAGCAAUUUGUCCAAGGAAGUGGGUUCACCAGUGAAGAUAGAGAACUUUUUCAGGAUGGAAGUUGGAGAAGGAAUUCAAAGGCUCGAUGCAUCUGCAGAUGAACCAGUGGCUCAUGCUGCGUGAUUAGAGUGCCCCCAUCACUUUAGUUUGUUAGGGGAAGAGCUCUACAGUUGAAGACCUAUUUCUCUUUGUUAGCUAAUGAGUUAUAAUAGUUUCCUUUCCUUACAGUCAGAUCAACUUGGAGAAUGGAAGCAAUUUUGUACAAUUUUCGAUACAUUUGUUAGCAUGAAUUGACAAAAGAACUCUCUUUAAUUCCCAGAGAUGAGUUUUGCCUAACCUGAGGCUCAUUCAAUAAAUCAUUCUCUCUGAA